AUGAAGGUCUAUGCCAUUGAUGGAUCUCGUGGAACAUCGAAAGUUCUUAUGAGUGAACAAGUUUUCUCAGUUUAUUUGUUGAAAGAGAAAUGGACAUGUUUGACUGGUCAAGCUAUCAUCCUCAGGAUUGUUUCUUCUUCCGGACCCUCCGUCAUGCCUUCAAUUAAAAGCCCGGCCCGCUUCUUAGACUUCAGCUUCAGGGGCAGGGGCCACACACAAUUUAACCCGACCCGAUCUGACCUAGACACGGGCUUGAUGGGUUUUUGUUCUCCACGCGCCGUAGAAGCGCGUGAUUCAGACAGUGGCACUCAAAAGGCAAAGACUUUAUGGAGACGACCUUUUUCGCAUUGUUGUUCGAUUGGGUCGUCGAAUCUCUUUUCAGAAAACUUUUUUGUUUCCCAAAUGGAUGAUCUUUCGUCCAGCCUUCUAUGCCAAGAAAACGAAACGUGGUUGGAAGAAGGAGGUGAAGAAUCAGGAUACCAAUUGGAUGGAUCACGGCAUGAUUGUGGGGUUUCGGAGGAUGAGUAUGUGGGGAUUUUGGUUGAGAGAGAAAUCAUUCUUGGGUUCAGAAGGGGAGAAACUUUGGUGCUCGGGGACUGGGUGAAACGCGCACGCAUGGAAGCAAUCAAUUGGAUUCUCAAAACAAGAGCGACAUUGGGUUUUCGCUUCGAAACGGCUUAUUUGUCAGUCACAUACUUCGAUCGAUUUCUUUCCAGACGGUCCAUUGAUAGUGAAAAGUGUUGGGCAAUUCGGUUGCUAUCAAUUGCAUGUCUCUCUCUGGCUGCAAAGAUGGAGGAAUGUAAUGUGCCAGGGCUAUCAGAGUUCAAAUUGGAUGACUAUUCCUUUGAGGGAAAAGUGAUUCAGAAAAUGGAGCUCUUGGUGCUCAGCACAUUGGAGUGGAAAAUGGGUAUUGUCACUCCCUUUGAUUUUCUUUCCUAUUUCAUCACAAAGUUCUCCACUGAAUCCCCACCAAGUCCUACUUUUUCCAAGACCAUGCAACUCAUCUUCACCACAAUGAAAGAGGUAAACUUAAUGGAUAAAAAACCAUCAGUUAUUGCAGCGGCUGCUACAUUAGUGGCAAUAGAUCAAAAAUUGACGAUAGACGCAGUGGAGUUGAAGAUGAGUUCAAUUCCACAACAUAGGCUUCUAGAGCCUAAAGAUGUAUUCGAGUACUACAUUCUAAUUCAAAGAUUACAAGAAGAGGAUACCAAAAGAGACACGCAUACGCCAAUAGACGUGACUGACAGCUCUCGAGUUACUUCUUCCGCAGCAACGGCGAAGAGAAGAAGACUCACAUUCGGUGACCAUGAAGGAAGUAGUCAUGGGAAGGGACAAGGCUAG